AUGGAAAUGAACCGCAUAUCACCUCCAUUCUCAAGGGCCCACCAGCUCUGCAGCGACUUUGACCCUCACGAAGCUAAGGGGUCAGCCAAUGAAAUCCGACCACCUGCCGCGGCUCUGCCGGGCCAGCCAUGCAUUCUACUCAGCGACUGCAUCCGUACGAAGCAGUUCCUGAUCAAAGAGUUCUGGGCCCAUGAUCUCGAAGUCAUGGCGCCGCGUCUUUGGGUGAUGUCAACUCAGUCAAGCGCGAAUGUCAACCCGCUGCAUCGACAAAAGGUCAAGGGGCGGGAGAUUGUCGUCACCGAAGAUCCUCGCCUACACCUGGUGUGGAUCCACGACCGCAUCUUCAUCAAGCCCCUCCCAAGAUAUCUCCUGUCACACGCGUUUUGGGAGCAGUUCCUGCUCAGCAAGUCAUCCACACUCACCGAUCGCCGAGACACAAUACGGAAGGCAGCGAUGGGAUACUUGCGGACAUACCGCCAUCUGAUCCAGCACGAGUCUGACUUCGUCAUCGCUCAGCAAGAUCACCUUCGCCUCGUCCCUAAGGAUGUACUGCUAUGGCGAGUUAAGACUGUCGCGACUUAA